GUUAAAGAACUUAUUGAUACAUUCCCACGUGAAAAUUCAGAAGAUCAAGACAUUCUUGGUCUUGCGGAAACUAUUAGAGCACAAUAUAAGAAAGCUUGUGCACUUUUAAAGAUAUCAUCAGUCAAUCCCUAUGGUGCUGACGUAUCUUUUUAAAAACCUAACCAUUUUCAAAUCUAAAGCCAACAUGGAAAAUGCAUUCAAACUUCGACAGCAACUUGACAGCAUAAUAACUUAUGUCUCACCUUUGUUGCCACUCGCAAAUUGUCAUAUGGUGGAAUUUUUCACUCAUAACCAUUGGGAGAACCUGUUACCAUCAGACUUAAGACAAUAUUUAGAUAACCAAGAAUUGAAUGAUGCUACUGAUCAGUUCUGGAAAUGUGCUAAGGGGAAACAAGAUGACAAAAAUGAGCUAACAAAGUGGGUGCUCAGUUGUCAAUGUCACUGUGUAAGCUUGAACAAUGACUACUGCAUCUCAAGAACACAACUUCAAGAGAAGAUUAAAUCAUGGGGAGGAGAUAUUAAACCGGAAGUACGGAUUAAAGAAUUCAUGACCAGCAAGAAGAGCUACGAAGUUCAAACUAUGUCGAAUCUCGUUGCAUCACUUUUCAGUGCAAGUGGUUCAACCCAUUGCGUUGAAGCUGGUGGUGGUAAGGGACACCUUCCCGUUGCAUUAACCCUGGCGUACCACCUGCCUAGUUUGACGGUGGAUUGUGAUCAUCGCACUAUUACUAAUGCUGAAAGCAGGGUUAAGAUCAUACAGAAACAAUGGCAUGCAAUAGCAAAGAAGAUAAAAGACGGCAGCGAAGAAAGUAUUUCGGAAAGUAUCAACUCCGAUUUGCAUCGAUUUGCGUCCGCUUUCAUCACAGAGGACACCGAUCUAGCAGCGAUCCUGAGAGAAAAGUUUCCAGAACAUUCCGACGCUGAUAUAAGACUACUUUUAACUGGGCUGCACACCUGCGGCAACCUGGGCCCGUCGUCGCUGCGUAUCCUGUCGUCCCGCGCGCACGUCAGCGCCGCGCUCACCGUGCCGUGCUGCUACCACCUGCUGCACGAGGACACCGACCACCAGCUCGUGGACGUGUUCCAGCGGGACCGGAUACCCGUGGCCUCGGGGCGCGGGUUCCCCAUGGCGGAACAUUUGAGAGGAUAUAAUCUAGGUCGUAACGCCCGAAUGCUCGCCGCCCAGUCGAUAGAUCGCGUCGUCCAUUACCAACAGCUACCCGAUAAGAGUCUGCUGUACCGAGCUAUGCUUCAGGUAAUCAUCAAAACUCAUUUACCUGACUUACCUUUGUCGGAAGGGAAGUUGAAGGGAGUAGGAGCGAAAUGUAAAGAUUUCAAAGAAUAUUUCAAAACGGCAGACGGUCUUCUUAAACUUGGUCUCUAUGAUAACUUACCUGAUACUUACCUGAUGGAUUUAGGUAAAAAUAUGAAUUGCCAGUGGAAAAAAAUCGUUCUGUUUUACCUUGUAAGGUUAUGUUUGGCGCAAGUUAUUGAGAAUGUUAUUUUAUUAGAUAGAUUAUUGUAUUUAUAUGAGAAUGGUUUUGAAAAGGUUUAUUUGGUGAAAUUGUUUGACCCCGUGCUGUCGCCGCGAUGUCAUGGUAUAGUAGUUGUAAGAUGAUUAUGUUUAUAAAU